AUGACAAAUGUAACGAUGGCAGAUGAUUUGUUCCUUCGUUCCACAUUUGCUCGUGGCAUUGCUGGAUUCUUCACUUGGGCAGCUCUUAUAAUUACUUCUUAUCAGAUCUAUCAACAUUUGCGAUGGUAUACUUGCCCAAUCGAACAGCGAUGGAUUGUGCGUAUUUUAUUUAUUGUACCUAUGUAUUCAUUAGAUUCGUGGCUGAGUCUACUUUUUCUUUCUAAUAAUGUGUAUGUCUACUUCAAUGCCAUUCGCGACUGUUAUGAAGCUUUCGUUAUAUACAGUUUCCUGAGUUUAUGCUAUGAAUAUCUUGGUGGUGAAAGUAACAUAAUGGCAGAAAUAAGAGGAAAACCGAUUCGGCCAACCACCUACUACACAUGUACAUGUUGUUUAGCAGGAAAACAAUAUACAAUUGAGUUCUUGCGUUUUUCUACACGUGACUUGCUUUCACCAUAUCGACCUGUUUUAAAGUUUCUCACCGUCAAAUCAGUUAUUUUUCUUUCUUUCUGGCAAGGUGUCUUGCUUGCUGUCCUUGGUUCUACUUCGGCCAUUGAUCCAAUUUACGAUGCAGAAGGUCAUGAGGUUAUAUCACGUGGUACUAUUGCUGCGGCUUGGCAGAACUUCUUUAUUUGUGUUGAAAUGUUCUUUGCAGCGGUGGCCUUAAGAUAUGCUUUUAGCAUUAGUGCAUACAUCGACCCUAACACAGUAUUGAACGGCAGUGUUGGUGGACGACCGGUCACGCUUCAAAGUAUUAGCAGUUCAUUGAAAGAAACAAUGAAUCCUAAAGAUAUUAUGCAGGAUGCAAUCCAUAACUUCCAUCCACAGUACCAGCAAUAUACACAGCAUUCAAAUCCGACUCGACCGGGAAUUACUGAAAUGGCGUCAGGGGAUGAACGGCGUCUGGCCGGUUCCUCAAGCGGUCAGAUGGGAGGCGGUUAUUCAAGCAUGGCGCAUACUGGUGCUAAUGGAGUAAGUACUCCAACCACACCUCCAGGUGCUACUGGAUGGUGA